AUGGACAAACAGAAAGUUCUGGCCAAGCUGAUCUGGGAUCUGCAGUCCUUCCUGUCUGUUCUGGACUCAGAGAAUCUGAGUUACAUCGCUCAGGCUCAGAAGAAAUCCAUCUCAGAGCUGCUGUCCAGACUGCAAACACACGACACUCCAGUGGAAGAUGCUGAGUACAUGAUCAUGAGCUGUCCAUCAUCGUCUCCUAGCAACGAGCUGACAGACACACCUGGGACAGAUGAUGUCCGGUCGUCUGAGCUGGACUCAAAGCAGGACUCAUCUCUCUGGCUGAGGAACGGGGGCCCCACGGUGCCGCCCCACCCUCCAGGAGGUCUAGGAGCUGAUGAUGAUGAAGACACCUAUGAGGAGGCGGAGCCCUACGUACCUGCUGACACGACCACGUCCAACACUGAGAGGGCGGAGUCAGACAGCAGUCACUACGAGUCGUACGGCGAGGAGGAUGAUGAUGAUGGGGACAGGGGGGGGCUGGUGAAGGACAGAGCUCACUACCUGCAGUGGAGCGCCUCUCAGCCCUGCCUUCGCCCCGCCCCCGAGUCCCGCCUCUGUGGAUACCUGUGGAGGAGGAAGUGGCUCGGACAGUGGACCAAACAGCUGUUCAUCAUCAGGAACAGCAUGCUCCUGCUGGAGCUGAACCUGCGCGGCUGUCACCUGGUCUACAAGUCGAAGAGAGACGGGAAAAUCCAGCACCAGCUCAAACUGGUUCUGCUGGGCUCCGAGUCUCUGGUGCUGGGAUACAACAGCUUCGAGCAGGCCGACGAGUGGAGGAGGGUGAUAGAGGAGGUGAGUGUUGGAGGUGAUGUCGAGACUCAGAGUUCAUCGUCUCUGAUCAGAUCAGACCAGCUGCUGUCCUGCAGGUCCAGUUCAGUCCAGAUUGACUCUGAGGACGACAGACCUUCAGCUCGCCGCGGCCUCCACAAAGACAGAGGUUUCCUGAACGUGCUGAUGAACUGUCAGUGGCAGAGUCUGCUGUGUCAGGUGGAGGCCGGUCUGCUCAACAUAGGGUGUGAGGUCCGAGCCGGGCCCGACACAGACCACUCCUACAGGAUCACACUGAGCAUGCUCGGUGACCAGGUGGCUGUGCUGGAGGUCAGUAGUUCAGAGGAGAAGGAGCGGUGGUUGAAGCUGCUGCAGGACGGAGCUGCCAAUCACAGUUGCCAUGACAACAACAAGGCACAGGAGCACACAGGUGGAGCUCUGAGUGGGCUGCAGACCCGGAGGUUUCCCGCCUCCAACACCUACAUGGACGACCCCUUCCACCUGAGCGGGACGGGCCGGAACCAGCCCGUCUACUCCAACACCUCCAUCCUGGAGCACAUACUCCACAGCUCUCAGGAUUCAGUUCGCUGCAGCUCGGUGUCGUCCAAAGACUCAGCGACCUACAGCAACUCCGUCCACAGCAGCCACAACAGGUACGCAGGUGAGGUGGAGCGAGGCGUCCAGAAGCUGGAGCUGACCAUGAAGAGGACGGUGCAGCUGAGGGCGGGGUCGGAGAUCAACCUGGCGUCGGCCGGGAAGCAAAACAAACGCACCUCUUUUAGACAGUCGCUGGCCAUCUGCACUGAGCGCGCUCAGGUUGGCUUCCUGAACCCUCUGCUGCGACGGACGGCCUCGGCUAAGAACUCUCUGAGACGAGCUCCGUCAGCGCUCUUCAUCGAGCACGGGAGGGUUUUCCAGAGGCGGAAGGAAUGGGAAACCAAAGCUGCAGCUUGACACCAGCUGUUCAACAUCACAUCCACAGACGACCUGACGACUCCGACACUGUGGAUGUCACUUAAAGAGACAAGCUUAUAACUCAGUGUCUGCGUCGGCCUCUCUGACGGCUCUAACCACAGGCUUUGACAUGUACGCUCACUGAGCACUUUAUAAGGAACACCUGUUCACCUGCUUCUUCCUGCAUUCAUCCAAUCAGCCAAUCAUGAAGCGGCAGUUUAAAAUCCUUCAGAUCCCGAUCAGGAGCUUCAGUUUCACAUCUGACCGUGACGUGGUUGUUGGAGUCAGACGAGCUGGUUUGAGGUGGAUGGACAAUUCCUGUCACCAAGAACAGAAACCUGAUGCUGCAGAACACCUCUGGGAUGUGGUCGAACAGGAGACAUCAGCUGGUGGAUCCAUGACAUGGAGAGCUGAGGAAAGACCGAGUGUUAGUCAGGUGUUCCUAAUAAAGUGCUCACCGAGUGCACAGACUAAGGCUCUAACUUAAUCUUUCCAUAUGCUGUUGUGAAUCUCUGAUAAACCAAAGAAAUCAAACAGUUUCUGCAAACACGAUAAAUGCACGAUAAACUGCA